GUGGGGCUCGGUUUAUUUAUUUUUUCAAUAAAGAGACGGAUGCAAAAAGAUGCCAAGCUGGAGGAAAGGGAAACGCAUCGGCUACUGCCUGAACGACAAGAAGAAAAAGAAACUGAAUUUCCAGGGCUUUGAGGAUCUCUGCAGGAAACGAGGCUAUGAAGUCAUUGAGAUCGACUUGGCCAAACCCCUCCGUGAGCAGGGCCCCUUUGACGUCAUCAUCCACAAACUCUCCGACCUGAUCCUCGAGUCGGGUUACGACAGCCAGUCUCACCAGCUCAUCCGCGACUUCCAGACCUAUGUGGAAACCUAUUCCAGCAUCAUCCUUCUUGACCCGUUUCCGGCUGUACGGCCGCUCCUGGACCGCUUCGAAUCCUAUCGCCUCCUCCAGGACCUUCAGGAUCAAGACAGCUGCAUCUUCUCCCCGCCCUACGUGGAGCUGAACAGCGGGACCGGGCGGGAGGCGGCGGCGUGGAUCCGGGAGCAGGGCCUCACCUUCCCCUUAAUUUGCAAAACCCGGGUGGCUCACGGACCCAGCUCCCACGAGAUGGCGCUGAUCUUCAACGAGGAGGGGCUGGGGGAGGUGAGCGCCCCCUGCUUGCUACAGAGCUUCAUCAACCACGACGCCGUCCUCUUCAAGGUCUUCGUGGUGGGCUCCUCCCACUUCGUGGUGCGCCGGCCGUCCCUGAAGAACUUCCCGCGGGGGGAAUCAGCCAGGAAAAGCAUCUUCUUCAACAGCUGCAGCAUCUCCAAGCCAGAGUCCUGCUCCCGCCUGACCGAGCUGGAUGAGGCUACGCUGGAGCCCACCCCGCCCUCCGACAACGUCGUCCGCCGAGCCGUGCGGGGCCUGCGCGCCGCCCUGGGGCUCUCUCUGUUUGGGGUGGAUCUGAUUGUGGAGAAGCAGACGGGGCGGUGUGCGGCCAUAGACGUCAACGCCUUCCCAGGUUACGAAGGUGUCCCGGAGUUCUUCUCAGCCCUCCUGAACCACAUCGAGACGCUGCUGGAGAGCCACGAGCAGGCGGCCCGGGCCAGGGUGCUUGUGGCUGAGUAUUCCCUGCACCAGCGGGCGCCACACGUGGACACCGCCCAGGAGAGCACCCACGACGCCGACCCGAGAGCCCCUUGGCUGGCCAGUUCCCUCGAGACGCCCAAGUCAGCACCAGCCGAGAGCAGCUUCUUCACCUUCGCCGUCCUGCCUGCCAUGCUGUCCCGGCACUGACGGGGGCGCUGUGCUCGGCGGGCCUCUCCGAGGGAGCAGGGAAGCGCUGGGUGUCCAAAGAGAGCGGAAGCGACAUGGAACCUAUCCCAGCGGGGAGAAUUCCCAAACAGCCAGCAAGCUCCGUGGCUCCUGUCACCUCCCCUGGCUCGCCCUGGUUGAUCAGAGCACUGGGCCUUAUACUGUGGCAUCCUCAUCUCUUGCAGUAUGGACCAGCCCAUCAGUCCAUAUAGUGCAGAACUGCACCUCCCUGCUUGGACCAGACCAGACCACUGGUCCAUACAGUCCAGUAUUGCACCUCCCUUCCUGUAUGGACCGGCUCAGAUCACUGGUCCCUAUAAGUGCAGAACUGCACCUCCCUGCUUGGACCAGAUCAGAUCAGUGGUCCAUAUAGUCCAGUAUUGCACCUCCCUUCCUGUAUGGACCGGCUCAGAUCACUGGUCCCUAUAAGUGCAGCACUGAACCUCCCUGCUUGGACCAGACCAGACCACUGGUCCAUACAGUCCAGUAUUGCACCUCCCUUCCUGUAUGGACCGGCUCAGAUCACUGGUCCCUAUAAGUGCAGCACUGAACCUCCCUGCUUGGGCCAGAUAAGAUCACUGGUCCAUAAAGUCCAGUACUGCACCUCCCUGCUUGGAUCAGCCCAAUGUUCCAUAUAGUGCAGUCUCUUACCUCCCUGUCUGGAUCAGACCAGAGCCCUAGGCCCAAUCCAGCUCAGGUCACCUGUCCGUAUAGUGCAGUACUGCACCUCCCUGCUUGGACUCGACCAGACCAGACACUACGGGUCCGUAUAGCCCAGGCUCUUCGCCUCCAGCACUCAGUAAACCAUACCCUCGUAAUGCCUCCUCCUGGACUGUUCCAAAUCCAGCAGCAAGGGGGCUGCAUGUUCCAAAACUCAAAGGGGUGGCCGAGCCACUCGCCCCCUGGGGGUGACGGUGGAAUGCAGACAGCAUGGGAGCCGUGGAGAAUAAAUCACACUCACCGGACUUGGGUGCUAGGUUGUGCUGCAUGCUGGGGCCUGGGGGGGGGGGGCAGGAAGAUUGAGUCCCCGCUUAUUAGAUUCUCCUUCCUUGAAAGGAGUCUCAGCACUGAAUUAAGGCAGGGGACUGGCUGCUCCUGUUUUCCAACCCCCCGUGGGUUUCCUGCCCCAUCCCUUUGCCACUCUCAGUCUCCCGGAGGGGGCUCCGCACCCCGCAGAGCGGGCUCUGAAAGGGCAAAUGCCGCGUGUGGAAACUUUCAUCGCAGACUGUGAAGGGGGAGAGGGGACAGAGGGCAGGAGGAAGGCUGUCCCGUGAAGUAGCAAGACACAGGGCUUUAAAAAA